AUGUUGAUGAGGGCGAUCAAUAUAUUGAUAAUACUGCAAGAGUUACGCGUUGAGCUCGAUGUGAAGAGAGGAGAAGAGGAAAGGCUUCAACGAAAAAUCGCAGACUUAUUGAAAGAGUGCGCUUCAGGGAGCUCGGCCAGUGAGCAAAGUCGGGCUUUUGGAAUGUCCGUGUCACGUUUUGUGGUGAAAGCUGAUGCGAAUCAGCUUGCAGCAAGCUUGCGGACUAUUUCUAGGCUAGCCGAUAACAUCAGUGGCAAGAAGGAAAAAUAUUCCGGAACGGGCGGUGGGAUUUUUGCAUUGCCUACAUUACCACCAUAUCUGAUUCCCCUCGCAGAAGUAUUAUCGGAAAAACACCACGUAUCUGGUGUGCCGGAAAUCGAUGAUUUUGAUGAUGACGAACAAAUGAAUGGCGAAACAGCUGCUGAAGAAAAGGAUUUAAUCACUGAUGAUCUAGACGCACAGCACACGCAUACUCUCAGGUCUUCUCAUAGGAAAAGUUUGUCUGCGAGCGCUCGAGAAACAUUGUCUCUUUUUACAGACAAGAGGUCCAUGUUAUAUGAAGAAGAGAUAAAGGUGGCGCAGAUGAAACAAAAAAAACUAAAACUGGAGAUCGAGGUAUGGGAAGUAAAACUGGAAGAAGCCAAAUUAGCUCUUGAAGUCACAAAGGCGAAGGCUGUUGCGGCUAGAAAUCCUUCGGCACAAGUCCCGUACUAUUUUGCAGGCCGUGACGAAUCAUAUAGUCCAAGUAUUUGA